UCAGCUUUUCUUUGGGGGGCCCUCUCAGGCCCCGCUUUGAGCCUUCAGAAUCUUCCUGGCAGAGGGCUCUGUAUGGAGAGCCAAGCACUUCCUCGUACAAAGCAACCAACCAGUACUCGUCCCCAGAGUGAAAACCUUUGCCUGGAAAUGUCGCCAGGGACCUCUCUGGCCUCCGCUACUCCAGGGACCCGAGGGGAGCCGGCCUGCCCCCUGCCUGCCCCGGGGAGGGGAGGGGAGUGGCGUGGCACACCGAGGGGCUGCCAGGUAUCGGGGCAGCUGCCACCUCCACCGCCUGAGGGGGGCCCAGCCCAGCCCUCUCCGCCACACUGAGCGGUCCCUGGUGUGGAGUCAGCCUGGGCUUCUGCCCACCCCAGCCGUACCGUGAUCUGGAGCCUUCGGUGGCCGAACCUCCUUCUUGUCCGCUGGCCCUGGACAUGAGUCUUCGGGAGCCUGGCUACAGCACGGCCCCCAGGCCCUGCGUGGUGGCACAGCUACCACCAGAAACCCUGGACCGUUUGACUGACCCUUCGACCUGCGAGCAUGGCUUUCUGCGGCCCAAGAUGAAGGUGACCGUAGGAGACAGCCCGAGCGGGGAGCUCUUCACCUGUCACAUCUGCCACAAGGCCUUCACCUACCAGCGCAUGCUUAACCGACACAUGAAAUGCCACAAUGAUGUCAAGAGACAUCUGUGCACCUACUGCGGGAAGGGCUUCAACGAUACCUUUGACCUCAAAAGACACGUGCGCACACACACCGGUGUCCGUCCCUACAAAUGUAGCUUGUGUGACAAAGCCUUCACCCAGCGCUGCUCCCUCGAAUCCCAUCUCAAGAAAAUCCACGGGGUGCAGCAGAAGUAUGCCUACAAAGAGAGGCGGGCCAAACUCUACGUGUGUGAGGAGUGUGGCUGCACGUCCGACAGCCAGGAGGGCCAUGUGCUCCACCUGAAGGAGCAUCACCCCGACAGCCCGCUGCUGAGGAAAACUUCGAAGAAGAUGGCUGGGGCCCUGCAGAACACAGUCACCACCCUGCUGCAAAACAAUCAGCAUCUCUAAAGGUCAAGGAAGGCCGGGCCCUCUGCCCACCUGGAGGGAGGGCGCCAAGCCCGCCGUAGCUAGAGCAUUUGGGCAAAGGACCCCCGGGCACAGAGUUGCUGCCCCUCACGGCCCAGGCACAAGGCAGUCCAUGGAAGGCUUUGCCAUGCAGGCCCAGCCUUCCUUCAGACAACACUCCCAUGUGUCCCUCUGGUUUUAUUGAAGUGGGACUUGAAGAUGAUAAGCUGUGAGCCCCCAGGUUUUGGGGGCUCAGGGAUAAGCGUGUGCUGGCUGAACAAAGACUUCGCAUUCGGGGCUCUCCGAAGAAAAGCCACUUGAUAAAGGCAGCUGACAGCAGGUGUGUGGCUGCAGCCCCGCUGUGUGCUCACACACCCAGGGACGCUGAGAUCACUGCACAUGCCCACUGGCCCUCCCAAGGCAUAAGCUCACUUGAUUUCUUUCCUUAGGGCUUUUGUAGAAAGAUGACAAAUAUACAGAUACUAAUAUAUUGUUGGUGCUGAUGGGGACCUUUCUCGAAGAUGGGAAGGGCUAGCUGGCUCUUCUCCAUCCCUACCUCCUUUGGGGCUCAUCACUGUGGGCAGGUAUUCUGUGGCCCUGUCUGCCCCGGGGCCUGGCCCCCUCCCUGGGCAGCCGUCUGCCUUCUUUCUGUUCUCCACGAUAUGCCUGGACAAGGCACAGGACCUCUGGCCCCUAGGACAUGCUGCUCCGCCCGGCCUUUGCCCAGUCCCCUUGCAGCACCCCACUCAGGGCUUCCUGGGGUUGCUCCUCACUCCUCCACUUAUAAGUGGACCCAAACAGCCCCUCUAGCAGGUUCCUUCUGGCUCUGCCCAGGCACAGGCAAGAUGGAAUGAUUGUGCCUUGGUCUCCCGGAAUCCACCGUCUCCUUCAGCACCUGAAGGGAAGUAGCCCAGACAGGCUUAGGUGUGAUGGGGCGGCAGGCCUCACGGUUUGUGGGAGGGCUCCACUCAGUCCCAGGACGACAGGAGAGAGGGAGCCCCAGGGUGGAAUGUUCACCCACCCAUUAGCCACGUGUCUGGGAAAGGAGGCCUUCAGCUGAACCUGUGAGCACUCCUUCCCCAUUUUGGAAGUGGAGAUGCGCCUCUCAGUUCUCAGGUUAGAGAGGACAUUCAUCUGUGCUCCCCGCUGAUAAGGGAGGGGCCGCACGUCUCCAGCUGUUGUGGCCCGGAAGGUUAGAGUGUCGGCCAGAGUGCCCCGUGGGCUUUCUUCAUUUGUGGUCAGGGUCAGAGCUGCUCCCAAAAGAUGGUCCACACGUAAUUCCAGCCUUGCUGAAAGGGUGGGCUGAUGGCCAGACCCGCAGAGGUGAACAAGCCUGGACCCCUGGGCUGUCCCUAAAUACUGAUCCUCAGUUGUCAGUCUGGAUCAGCCCGAGGGUCUCCUGAGGGAGAGGGCGGCACUGCGGCUGCCUCCCAGACCAGGCAGAGCCCCUUCGAGGAGAGCCCCGGCUGGGCACCUGAGGACCUUUCUCCAUCUCGCUCCUGAGCUGGUGCAUCCAGGUUACCUGCCGAGGACUGCUUGUCAAAAUGCUCCUCUUCUAGGAAUCUCUGGGGCCGGUGGCCGUACCGAUUGCCUCAGUUUGUUUACAUGUUUUUAUCAUUACACAUUGGCUCUGUCUGCCAGAGUCACAAGGUUCUAUGUUGCCUGUGAUUUUGUAACUGGUUUUUCCGUUCAUUAUUA